UACGCGUCCGUGGUAUUAGGAGCUACCAGAGUGUUUAGUGUGUGACUACCAAGAUCGCUUUACCCCCGCCCUUACUAGUUGUCGAGGCUAGGCUAUGCAUUGGUGGUAUUGGGAGUUACGCGAGUGUUUGUUUAGUUUGUGACACCACGACCACUGUACCAACUCACUUACUAGUUGUAUAGGCAUUGGUGGUAUUGUGUGUUACAGAAACUAAGAAUGGAUGGAAUCAACUACGGUUACGAUAGUGCCCGCUCAACAUGUGCUCAGGUCCUUGCAACUAUGGCGUUUGAAUGCCUGAUGUUCAAUGUUGGCAUUAUCAUUGGCAUGCCAGUGAUAGUGAUAGGGGCCCUCAGACUUCCUGGAAGUGACUUCUCACUAACAGACGACGAGGCGUCAUGGUUUGCCGGACUAAUCUUCAUAGCCCAGCCUCUAGGUAGCGUGGUAUCUGGUUUUCUACAGGAUCAGCUGGGUCGCAAGCUCUGCAUGAUGGUGGUCAACAUUCCUCAGCUAAUGGCGUGGGUUGCUUUGCACUACGCCACCUCAGCCACCACGCUGUUCGUCUCCGUCGCCACCAUGGGUCUGAGUCUAGGCUUCAUGGAGGCGCCGGUUCUUUCGUACAUUGGAGAGAUCAGCGAGCCUAGACUUCGAGGAGUUCUCAGCAGCCUAGGCGGGAUCUUUUUCAACUUCGGCCUCGUUGUGUCCGCCUUCAUAGGAGCCUCUACUGACUGGAGAACAAUGAUGCUAUGGAGUGCACUGUCUCCUAUAUUGGCGUUCCUGGCCUUAUCACUGGUACCAGACUCACCUGCCUGGCUGGUGACUAAAGGUCGUGUGAAGGAUGCUGAGAAAGCCUUCCAGUGGCUGAGAGGAUGGGUGUCUCCGGAGAUGGUCAAGGAAGAGCUAGACACCCUCAUUUCUUAUGUUCGCAACUCCGGCCAAGCAUCUACUAGGGUCCUAAACCUCCUCGAGUAUCAAGUUGUAGCAACUGAAGAAGGUGGUACUACUCCCAGCCAUGCUACCAAAUCUCAGCUGGAGAUAUUCCUUCACCCUUCUGUACAAAGACCUCUUCGUUUAAUCGUCACAUUUUUCUUCAUCACCUCCUGUACUAGUCUAACAGCUAUGAAGCCGUUUUUUGUCGAGUUUUUGACAAGCCUUAACUUGCCGAUCAGGCCGAAUAUGGUCAUUUUCCUCGGCACCGGCCUGGUCUUCCUCGGGGCUAUCACGUCCACUCUCCUCAUGAGACGCGUGGGCAAGAGAGGUCUCACGUUCAGUUCCCUGGGCCUAGGCGUGGUCUGCUGCUUCGGCCUAGGUCUCUACCUCAUCUUCAACCUACACGUCCCCUGGCUGGUGAUCACCCUGGUCUGCUUGAUGAACUUCGCCGCCACUCUAGGCAUGCUACCCGUCCCCUGGAUCCUGAUAUCAGAGGUGUUUCCACUCAAAGGCCGUGGUGUAGCCAGUGGCGUAUCGGCAGCUAUUGGAUAUCUCCUCAUGUUCAUCAUUAUCAAGACGUACUUCAACGUCGUGUACCUGAUAGGUGAAUCAGGAGCUCUCUUCCUCUACGGGACCGUGGGUCUCCUCGGCAUAGUCUACCUGUACUUCAACCUUCCAGAGACUGAGGGAGUCCCUUUGCAGGAGAUCGAGAAAAUAUUCUACAACGAGGAGACGACUGACAGAUGUGACAACGGGAAACACUCUGCCAAACGAGAAAACGAACUGCGCUCACACGUGUAGCACUCGUUGUGUAUGAAUUUGACUUGUUUGAUUACAAGUCCAUCAACGUGAUGUUUAUUUGUAAAGGAGUUGUUUACUUUAUUUAGUUAAGGUAUAGACAUACGAAAAAAGAUUUAUGUAAAAAGGUCAUGUUGUAUCUGUCAGUUAUAGUAAUUUUGCAAUAGUAUAUGCGUUUAGUUAACUUAGUUAUUUUUCAACAAUUAGAAUUUUAGUCUACAUUGUUGUUACUAGAACUUUAAAUGUGCAAAAUAUGCCAUAGUUUCACUAAGUUCCAUGUGACUCCCUCAAUAGUAGAUUUAUUAAACAGUGUAAUAUAAGUUAGAUACCUACUGUAGAACAAAAAGGGAACAAAAAGUAGUAGUUUGUUAGUGGAUUAUAUUACUUCAUUAGUUGGAUUAGUUGAUUUUGAUAAGUUGAUUAGUUGAAUUAGUAGAUUGAGGUAGUUUGUUAUUGCUCUUCUUAGUAGACUGAUUGGCACAUGUGGCUACAUCCCGAUCCCCUGAUUUCACUCCAAAACAGGGGAGUGAAUCAUCUUUGUUUGAAUUUUAGUUCAUAAACAGUCAAUUGAGUGUUUGUCCAGAAACCUCGUUUACUUUGUACAAUAACUAUGGAAAGGCUUUAAACCGUUAGAUGGGAUAAGAAUCAUCUCCGCGGUACAUUUAGAAGUCUGAAAUACAUACUAGAAAAGGAAUUACUUAAAUUAGUAUUAACUUUUUUGUAUUUAAUUAUGUAUUAUACUAGAUUAUAUAACCAUUUACUGUAAAUAAUCGUUUUCAGUAUUCAGUAGAAUUAAUUAGAUUGUUUUCUACAAUAUAGAGUACGAAUACUGUUUAAUAGCUAAAUUUUAAGGUAAUUUUGAGCUCUCAUAAAGUGUAGGGUAAUAUUGUUUUCUAUAGUAGUUUAUCUUAUGUUUAUUACGAUAUUUUUCCGACUUAUUUACAAUUGCUGUAACAAACUCCAGAGGAGGGUAAAAAAAUGGCACAGGUGUUAUGAUUUGAUAGGUGUAAGAUUUUAAUUUGUUUAAUAAAUUAAAUUACUUUCUUAUGUA